AUGGCUGGACGACGAAACCACUCGGCGUGUCUCCUUCUCAGGGCCAAGCUGCUCCUGGUCGCGGCCACCGGCGCGACGGCGCAGAACAACUGCUCGUCCGCCAAGUUCCCCGCGGGGCGGUCGUUCCAGCGCUGCACCUCCCUGCCCGUGCUCGGCGACAGCCUGCACUGGACGUACCACCAGGCGAACGGCACGGCCGACGUCGCGUUCCGGGUGCCGCAGAGCACCACCGGCUGGGUCGCGUGGGGAAUCAACACCGAGCGCCCCGUCAGCAUUGCCGGCAGCAGCGUGUUCAUCGCCUCGCACUCGCAGGACGGCAACGGCGGCGCGGUGUCCGUCCUGGCGACCUACCUGGAGAGCACGGCACCGGUGCUCGCCAACAACACCCUCAAGCUCGCCGUGCCCGUCGCGCCGGCCGCCGAGUACUCGGGCGGCGCGUACACCAUCUACGCCAUGGCGCUGCUGGUUGGGCGGGUUGGCACCAACCCGGUGAACAUCACGGUGCAGAACACGGUGUGGCGGGCCGGCCCGCUCAGCGGCGGGCGAAUAGCGCCGCACCCGACGUCCGCGGCGAACCUGCGGAGCGCCCAGAAGCUGGACUUCCUGUCCGGCAACAACCGGAGCGCAGGGGCACCCAACUCCAGGGUGCACCGUCGUGACCUGAGGGAGUUUCUGGGUUAA